ACCAGCAUGAAGAUCUCCAUCGCCUUCUUGCUGCUCCUGCUGGGUUCAGCUCUGCCUUCCCCAGUGCCGGAAGCAAAAUUGGCCAACGGGCAUGUGUUGUAUCCCUAUGGAGAAGCUGUGGGAGAUAUGAAGAACCCCAAGGAUGACGAUGGGACAUCCCCAGAGAUUGAUAUUGAAAUACCGUUCACCUUUUAUGGAAAACUGUAUCAUACUGUUUUUGUGAACAACAAUGGUGUGAUUUCCUUUGGUACGCCUGUUUCAGCGUACACUCCUGACGCUAUCCCUUUGAAGAAUGGAGAACACUUUGUUGCCCCCUACUGGGGGGAUGUCAAUAAUAUGCUGGGUGGUGACGUUUACUAUCGGGAGGUAAAAGACAUAGGCAAAGACAAAGACAAAGAAGAGCUUGGAAGAAUUACCAGAGACAUGAACAAUUACUUCCCAGAGGUCCCUUUCAAAGCUAUCUGGGCUUUUAUUGCCACCUGGGACCGCGUAGCCUAUUUCGGAUCUGUCUCCAAAAAGACAAACACUUUCCAGGCUAUCUUGACAACUGAUGGAAAACGAUCCUAUAUAAUACUAAUCUAUGGAGACAUCCAAUGGACAACCGGUGCAGCAAGUGGUGGAGAUCGUAGGACAGGUCUGGGGGGAACCCAAGCACAGGCUGGCUUUAACAGUGGUGAUGACAAAAACUAUUUCAGCAUCCCUGGCUCUCGCACAGCUGAAAUUAUCAACAUUAUAAAAACAAGUAACGUCCAUGUCCCAGGAGUCUGGGUGUUCCGAGUAGAUCAUUUCGAAGUGUCUGGAAUCCCUGAAGAGCUACUUCACCCUGCAAAAGAAGAAGAAAAAGCAAACAGCAAUGAAGAACAGGGACAACAGAGCAAUGAACCUAAUGAGACUGGAGAACCACAAAUUGUCCAGGGCAACGAGGUCAAUUCUGAAGUCCAAGGACAAGAACACCAGGAAGAAAUAGAACCUGUUCCUUCAGGUGAUGCACAUGAAGAAGAACCACAGGUCAGCCAGGAUAAUGAAGUCAACCCUGAGGCAGAAGGGCAAGAGAAAGAAGAAGAAGUGGAACCUGUUCCUUCAGGGGACGUGCAUGAGGAAGAAGAAACUCAGGUCAGCCAGGACAAUGAAGCCAACCCUGAGGCAGAAGGGCAAGAGAAAGAAGAAGAACCUGUUCCUUCAGGGGAUGUACAUGUGGAAGAAGAACCACAGGUCAACCAGGAUGAGGAAGUCAACCCUGAGGCAGAAGGACAAGAGAAAGAAGAAGGAAUAAAACCUGUUCCUUUGGAGAACCAAGAUGAGAAAGAAGAAUCACAGGGCAACCAAGACUAUGAAAACCCUGAGGAAGAAGGACAACAGGAGGAGGAAGAAAAUGGUGGUGUUUCAGCCGUGGACCAACCAGACUUUCCAGUGGAAGAACCACAGCCAGACACACAGAUUAUUGAUGAUAGCGAGGAGGAAGAGGAGGACUGUUAA